CCCGGGGCGGCAGGUGAGGCCGGGCCGGAGGGUCUGGAACUGUCUGUGUGCGCCGGGUUGUAGCGCCCGGCGCCGGCUGAGGGGCCGGGGCCUGGUUAUGGGGGCUGUGGAGGUGCCUUGAGAAGCAAUGGCCACAGCGGCUCUUCUGAACUUACCACCAUCUCACCGCUCCUUCCCUUCCAGCACAGCAGCUGCUUUCUGGUGGACAAACACCCUCAUCAUGCACGUCACCCGGCCAAAGUCUGCCAAGGGACGCACGAGGCCGAGGUUGAGUUGCUCUCAGAGCGUGGAAGCUUGUCCUUACCGAGUGCCACCUCCCCCGCCACCCGCAGCUCCCCACGAAUUAGCGAACAGGCGGAGAGAAUCCUCCACGAAACGGGGAUUCCCGGCCAGCCAUGUGUUUCCGGAGGAAAUCCCAGGGCUCCUGCAGCAGGUGCCUUUGCGGAGCUGCUCUUCCCUCAACAAGUACAGGGUGCUCCCCUCCAUCGGCUGCAGAGGCGCGGGGAGCGGCGCUGUGGAAGCCGUAGCUGAACAGAUCGACCAGCUGAAAGUGAGUUCGGGGCAUGGGGAUGCUCCGACAAUCAAAACUCUUUCUGGAGAACAAGAAUCUGCCGGUGUAACGUCAGAAAUUGAUGGCCCUGAUGAAGAAGGCUCACAUGUGCAGCGUCCCCUUGCAAAUCCAGGAAGGAAAAUGAGACAAGUGAACCCUUCGAUGUCGGCUUUGAGUUUGGAAGAGCCACCGAAAAAAGAGUCAUGCUUGCUGCUCGCUAUUCGAUCUCCCUCCGGUCAGAGAUUUGAACAUCAUUUCAAGCCCACUGACAGUCUCCAGACCGUCCUCGCCGUGGCGGAACAGAAAACGGCAGCCAAAUACAAACGCUGCAGCGUGGAAACAAUGGAGGUGCCCCGGAGGAGUUUCUCCGACCUUACCAGGUCCCUCCACGACUGUGGGAUUCUCCACAAAUCCGUGCUGUGCAUCCAACAGAAAGAGCAGCACGACACUGAUCUUUAGGCACAUGGAGAUGCCUCCACGCUGCUCUGGGCUGUUCUGCUGAGUGGGAUGUAUUCUUCCUUCUAAAAACCUGAAAUUCUGACUUUUUUGGGCUGACUUCAUCUUGCCAUCUUCUGAAAACUCCCUGUGAAGCAGAUUUGUGUAUACAUGUUCAAAUAGUGUUUCAGGUCUUUAUACCUGCGACAGAAACUGCGUCUUUUUUCACGUGUGCCAUCACAAAAUGUUCCCCGAGUGUCACCAGCCUUUGGCCUUCUUUUUUUUUUUUUAAAAUUGCUGAUUUUCUUCUUUGAAAACUGGAGUUUCCGAGACUUCUCGCCUUGUCCUUGUCUGUAUUUCACAAAGGUGCCACUUCCCAGAGCAAAUCCAGAUGCAGAGGCACCUUUUGGGAUGGUAGAAAGGGAACUGUUCUACUCUGGAGGAGCAUCUUCAGUAGGUCAUCAACAUCCUAAAGCACCUUAUUCUCAAGAGUGACUGAGAAGGAGAUGAAACCCCCAAAAUAUCUAGAAAUAAGAGUAAUAACACAUUAAUGGAUUACUGUGAAGUAUUAAGUUGUAAAAUCGAUGGUAUUAGAGCUGUGAGGGCUCAGCUCUUUCUGGAAUAACCUCAGCGCAGCUUUUAAGCGUGACUACGUCAUCUUUCUAAGAACAAAUAGUUCUUAUUUUGGCUGUAUUGGUAAUCAGCAGGAUUUUCUGCUUGGUUUUCUCUCUUUCAUUCAGCUCGUGUGAUCCAUAGGUAAGAAUAGACGGAUAGUUAAGACGUAAUGUUAUAAAAUAUUUCCAUUUAACACCUUUACACUGAAAUGAGUCCAAGAAAGCAAGUGUAAAUAAAAGAAUUAAUUGGAUUUGAUGGAGGAAUUGGCUCAGGCAGUAAACCAUACUUUGCUAAACCAUAUUUUACUAAACCAUCAUUUAAAAAUGGCUGUUUAAGGGCAGGUUUUUGAUAAAUACAAUGUGCUCGUGCUAAAAAAAGAAGAAUCUUCUAGGUUUCUAAUGCGGAUUCUUCUGGUUCAAAGGCAGUAAGUCAAUCCGGUCAAAAAAUGCAACACUUGCCACAGAUCUGAGCUAGUGUUAAUCAUUUUGAGUUAAACCCAAGGGUAUUUUAACCUCAGUUUAACUGCCAAACCAAGACAGACCAGUGCAAAACCAGUGCCGGUGUUGAUGGCGAGCGCAGCAUCUCUUUCUACAGCAAGUGUUCGGAGAAACGGUCCCUGGUGAAAUCUCGUUACCUCCUGCUGCAGGUGAUGCUAAUUGCACAGGAGCAAUCCCGGCGUCUUCAGGGAGACCAGGACACCGCAAAAUAAGGGUGUCUUUAAUCAAACCUCGCUGGGGAGCCAAGUAUUUCACUUCGUUUCAGAAACAGGAACCGUUUUCUGUGUUUCAUUCAGUGUUAAGUGGUUAAUUCCCUUCAGAUUUUGUGUGUACUAUGUUACUUCGCUAUUUCUGAGUGUUUUCUUCCUGUGUGGUAGCACAAUCAAUAAAAAACCUUUUAGGCCGAAA